AUGCAAUUUUUGUUGGCGUCAGCACUUUUAGGGUGGCUGGGCAUUGUUUUUGCCAAAGAUGUUGUGGCCGCCAGUCCCCCUGACUCUUUCUGGAGUGAAGUGCUGACGGAGUCGCUUGGUUUGGCGGCUUUAUCUAUCGAUUCGUGGAUUUCUGAAGACCACGAGGAGGAUAGCGAAGCUCUUCUUCGUCAUUCCGUACUUACAGAGACGCGUUCUGGGCCUGCAGACCCGACCCCGCCCGGAUUUCUCACAAGCCUCUCACCAGAAUCAGAAGGCCCGCUUCUCACCGGAGCCACUCAGGACAACACAACUCGCAUACCGCUUUCACCACAAAAGCGCAAUGCGGGACGACGGGGCCUUCUCCGCGCCUUGGGCACUGCUGCCUUGUUUAUUGUACUGUGUUUCGCGCUGCUCAGUCUCCUAUCUAGGGGGGUGCUGGGGGGUAAAAAGACAAAAAGACGCCGUUACGACAUGCAGGAGGACCCAGGGCUGACGGGGGCCGAUGGCAGUUUUAUUCAGCAGUUAAAUGAGCUGGACGACCUGCAACCGCAUGCUGCCCGGAUGGCCGAGAUCGUGGGCUCUCGUGAGUCUCUUUCUGUUUUGCAAAACUUUCGCAACAGUGUAGAGAGGGCCAAGCAGGUGCAGCAAGAGGUUUCAGGCGGGUUGAUUAGCUCUUGGGAUUCUUCUGAGAGUCUAAUGCAGAAGGCAUUGGACAGCGUCAUCUCUGAUCUGUCACGUCUAUUUGAAUUGACACGACAGCACGGGCUAGGUCUGGCUCAAGAAACACGGGAAGUUCCCGCUCCGCCCAUUCUGCUCGAGCAAGAGGUGAAUGCCCUUGCCCAUAUGGAUACAGCCUUCACAGCUUCCCUGGCGCUUCAUUUGGAAAAUCUUGAUUUUUCUUGCCGAGCCUUUAAGCAUUAUGCAGCAAAGGUCGAGGAAAACCUGCAGGCGCUUCCGAAGUUCAAAGGAUUGAAGGACCGGCUCCUGUUGGGCGCGGUUGCUGCAGGCGUGGAAUUCAUUAAAGCAGCACAUGGAGCCGUAAAGAUGGGUACGAGUUCUAUUGUGGGUUUGGCAUCGAGUGCCAGCGCCUUCAUGCUGUCUCAAGUCGUGAAGGUAGAGCGACUGCACUCUCCUACCGAAGAAGAGAUCGGUGUCUUAGACGAACUGAAGGCGUUGGAGGAUAUGCUGAACAAGGGAGAGCGACUGCUGCAGAUACAUCAGGCGGAGAUUGAACAGCUGCAAAAAAGGGACAAACUUUCUGCACAGCCAGCAGUGCAGCAAGCUAAAGAGGUGGGAGAAGAGCUGAAGGCCCUCCUGGAAGCGGCGGCUCUCCGCAUGCAUUCUAUUACCGGCAUAGCGAGUGCCGAAGAAUCUGCUCAAGGCGUAUGGGGUCAGAAAACAAUUGAUGCAAUGGCUUCACGGGCAAGACAGGAAGUCAAAGCAACAAGCAAGAGAGUUGCAAACAUCCUAGCAAGAGUACAGUUGGGGCAGCUCUUUCUUCCUCAACCGGAUACGACACAAAUACAUAAGCAGGAAGGCAUUGAGACGAAGACAAUCGUUAACCCUACUGUGCUGAAGCUGGUGACGGAGUCGCUUCAACAACUCAGAGAUAACAUCACAGCCGUGGCCGUGUCCCUCAACCUUUCCAGUGAGGCAUCUGAAACUAAAACAGGGUUGGCAGCUGCUGCUCAAAGGGCAACUGUCGCUGCAAAGGAACUCGCCGAGAAGGCGGAGAUGUUGUUGUUGCGUGCACAGUUCUUGGAGUCUCUUGAGCUUGAUUUGCAACUGAGCAGCAGGUUGGCUCAAAGAGCAGCAGCAUUGGCCGGAGCAGGAGCCGAGGAUAUUCAACAGGCAAACCAGGUGUCAGUCGAGCUUCCUGCCCCCCAAAAGAAGCAGGUGGGCCUCCUGUUGCAUCAGGUGAACACGACCAAGGCUAAAGCCAUGUCGCAGUGGACUUUGGUGGACAUUGUGAAAACAGCAGCGACAAUGAAGGGGGCAGCCUUGGGUCUCGCAUUGACGGAAGUUAGUGAGGCUCGCGAGCAGAGACAGAGCACAGCGGAGGACUGA